AUGGCCCUCAACUUGGGCAGUCUGCCCAACGAGAUCUUGAGCAAGAUCUUCCACAGAAACCGUCUCUCCAACAAUGACAUGUGCUCCGUCGCACGCACAUGCAAGCACUUCAACGUGGUCAGCACCCCGCUCGUAUACUCAAACGUUAAAGCCAGACGUUUCGUCAACGACGAAAGACGAUUUAGCCUCAUCCAGACCCUCAAGGACAACCCGAGCCGAGCGAAUUUGAUACUGAAGCUCAGCUUCUCAUGGGCCGAUAAUGGGACGACAUUUGGUGAAGACCAAGAGUCCAUUGUGCAGUUCCUACUUCGACGAACAACUCGGCUACGAACGUUGAAAAUGAAAGUUACUGCUAUGAAAGAAUAUCCUAUGCCAAUUCCGGUAGUCAGUGGUGCGUUUUUGGAUGUCAAUCCUAUGGCAGAGCUUUGGCGAGUUGAGGUAUCAUGUAUCAACAUCACUUGGCAAACCAUGGGCAACAUUCUUCUUCUCCCGAAGAUCAGCGCUAUCUUUUUUAUGCCAAUGGACAUAGAUCCCUCAAGAGUUGAAGGCCAUCUACCACAGCGACCGGCAGGCAGAACUUCUAAGAUCCGUUAUCUUGCCCUCGAAGGUCAUCCGAAAUGUGUGCCCUCUGUACAUGAGUUACUGCAGUGGAGCAGCAACUUGGGAGCCCUGCUCUACGACUUUGGAGAGUAUGACGAUUCGGGGCUACAUGCCCCAUCUACACUACAAGAGUUUCUUGCUCCAAUUGUACCUACAGUAUUCUACUUGGAUCUACAGGGUCGUCAUACCGACGACUUCCAUUGCUCGCUUAUUGACUUCCAUGACUUUCCCAAGUUGAGGACUCUGGAAAUUAGUCGAUCACUGCUAUUUUUCACAAUCUUUGAAGAAGGCGGAAAGCAUGUCGUGGAACCUUCCUCUCGCAAUGGUCUCUACCUGAGAUUACCACGUAUACUUGAGGAGUUGGUAAUCUUCUUCGAUUUCGGGUCUGCCAUACUAGAUCGCAAACACCAUUCCAGAAGUCACAACUUUGUUGAUGAGGAGUACGACUGGAUCGAAGAGCUGGCAACAUUCAAACCAGAUUACUUGCCGAAUUUGAAACGAGUCAAAUUCGCAGAGCAUUCCGACCCAGAUCCAGGGUCCCAUAAUGUGCGAAACUUCAGCGUUGGGAUCCUCAAGAGCUUUGACGCGAUUAUUCAAGCAGCGGGAAAUCGAGCUCACAGUCUUUGUCAGAUCAUAUUCGGUGUACAGAAAUGGCGAGAUUGA